AUGUAUUUUGCAGGCGGCUUCCCGCGGAAGAUAUGGCAGAUAUGGAAAGUAGAUCCGCUCGACUUUGAGGAACGAGAUCUGCGUUGUGCCCGGAGUUGGACAUCAAAGAACCCGACCCAUAGAUACGAGGUCCUAACCGACCAAAACGAUCUAUAUUAUCUUGAGACGCAUUUUGGGCCCAAGGGUUUCAAUCGCCCAGAUAUAAUAUACGUUUACCGCUCUCUGACAGCGAGAAUCAUCAAAGCUGACCUGUUGCGGUAUCUGAUCAUGUAUGUGGAGGGUGGGGUGUAUGCGGACAUUGAUGUCGAGGCACUCAGGCCGCUUGACAGAUUUAUUCCGGAUAGGUUCAAUGAGAAGAACAUAGAUAUGGUUAUCGGUGUGGAGAUCGAUCAACCGGAGUUUAGGAAGCAUCCCGUCCUCGGACCCAAGUCGCAAUCGUUCUGCCAGUGGACGUUCAUUUGCAAACCUCGCCUCCCUGUCAUGUUAAAACUGGUUGACAACAUCAUUCGCUGGCUCAACGAACUUUCCAAAAAGCAGGGCGUGCCUAUUUCGCAACUUACAUUGGACUUCGAUGACGUGAUCAGUGGCACUGGGCCCUCUGCAUUUACCAAUGCGAUCCUUGAAGACAUGAGCCAUCGGACAGGAAACGAGGUGAAUUGGGACGUAUUCCAUAAUAUGGCUGAGUCGAAGGUCGUAGGUGGCAUUCUUGUUCUCACCGUCGAAGCUUUUGCGGCGGGCCAAGGCCACUCGGAUUCGGGAAAUCACAACACCAGAACAGCACUGGUCAAGCAUCACUAUCAUGCGUCCGGAUGGCCAAGCAACCACCGCAGAUAUAAGCAUCCGAUGUUUGAUGAAGUUGAGACGUGUAACUGGAAUGCCCAGUGCGUGGCAGAAUGGGAUAAGAAUAAAGCGGAUUUCGAGGCCCUUCCGCUCGAGGAGCAAGCGAAGAGGAUUGCUGUCAAGCAGUUCGCAGAUUCUAUCAAGAAUCCAGUAAAAUCCAAUCCUAAUCCGGUUCCAAAUCAGAACGCAGUCCAAAAUCCGAUCCAGGAUCCCUGA